GGAGUCCUAGACACUGCUGCUGCUGCACCUACAUCUACAAUAAAUAUUGCUGUUACAGACACCAGUCACAGUCUCUUAAAGUGACUUAGAAGAUGAGGGCUGCCAUCUCACUGCUGGUGCUGUUGCUCUCCAUGUGUGGAGCUCGGACUCGGACCACCCGGACUGAGGUCCAGGCAGAGAGCCAGGGAACUGGGUCUGCUGCUGAAGUCUCUACCCAGCUUGACAUCUCUGCUGAGCUGAAGGAACUCAGUGACAUGGUUGUGGAGCUGAGGGUAAUGCUUAGAUACACCCAAGAGGAUGUUAAGGUCCUGGAGGCGGAUAAUGUAGCAAUGAAGCAGAGGCUGGCAGCCAGUGAGACAGAUAAUAUAGCAAUGAAACAAAGGCUGGCAGUCAGUGAGACUGAGGUGGAGGCAGCACCCAAGGUGGCCUUCUCAGCAGGUCUGGGUGUCUCAGGAUCCAUAGAGUCUGGGAGUUAUUACCUGGACUUAGUGUUCAGUAGAGUCAUCACCAAUGUAGGACAGGCCUACAGCAGCAAAACUGGCUUCUUCACAGCUCCAGUCAGUGGGGUCUACUACUUCAGGUUCACUGUUAUGGAUAAGCUGGACACCCGCUACAUGGCUAUCAGUAUGUGUAAGAAUGGAGUGCAACUCAUGUGGCUGUCUGAGCAUGACACUGAUGGGCAGCGUACCUAUCUGUCCAGUGGCCUAACUCUGCAGCUGGAGAAGGGAGAUGUAGUGAACCUGGUGCUACCAACAACCUACAGACUCCAUGAUACUUCUAGUAACCACAGCACCUUCAGUGGCUUCCUGCUCUUCCCUCUCUGAAUGCCAGAAUAUAUUAUCACCAUGAUCGCUCACUCUUCAUUUCAGUGAUUAUUUGAU